UUGACCAUGGACCUCCCUGUCCCCGUGACAAUGAGGCCUCCAAUACAGCCUGCCCUGGCCACGCCUGCAACAGGUGCAGAACAGGACGAAGCAGGAGUCAUCCAGGCUGGAAGCUGGCAGCUGGCUUCGGAGAGCUGGCACCACACACUCCCAAGUGCCAUGCAGAGGGCUAGAGGCUUCCUAGGGCCUGCAUUUUUUUUUUUAAACAAACGCCUUUGAUUUGGAACUUUUAAGAAGCCACAGGCAGGCAGUGCUGCCUCUGCUGGGCCUCAGGUCCUCUGAUCAGCUGAGGAAGAGAGAAGUGUCCCAGGUGCAGGCUAAGUUUUUAUUGCUCUGCAGGGCUUGGGGAGUCCAGUUACUCCCUGCUCAGGAAGCUGCUGUGGCCUCGCACACUGGGACUGCAGGAAGGAGACUUGUCACUGCCCCCAUCUCCCGUCUCUGGAAGCCUCUCGAAUUUGCCUCCUGUGAGUCAAGGUCAAGACCAGCUCAUGGAAUCAAUCACGUGGACACCCCAGGAAGCCUUCAACCACACCCAGUCCAGCUCCCCACUGCCUGACUCCCUGGUAGGGAGGAAUGGCACCACUUCCACCAGGACCAUGAGGACGCUGGAUGCAACCAGUGCUGCCUGGUACAUCCUCACCAUCAUUGGCAUCUAUGGGCUGAUCUUCAUCUUCCAGCUGGCCAGCAACAUUCUCAGGAGGAAUGAGAGGUCCUUGGAGGACAUUUACUACUCAAACUUAACUUCUGAACUCAAAAGGAAAGGGCCUCAGAGCAGGGUGGUCAAGUGUUUCCCGCUGAUCCUCAGCAACGCAGCUGCCCUGGAACCAAAGCAUGAAGAUGGCGGGCUGCUCAUGGGGAUCCAGGUGGCCCCUUGAAAGUCCAGGCCAGAGGACCAGUGUUGAGAGGUCUCAGCUGCUGUCGGGGGGGCAGUCCGGGACCUGCCUGUGAUCUUGAGAGAAGAACUGAGUUCUGGACCAGGGCGGGGUGAGCAUUUCUGGCCACAGACGCUUCUAAUGGUGUGUGAACAUUAACCCGGAGUUUGUCUUCAGGUGUUUCUGGUGCGAUAAGAAGCCACAGGAUGGAGGGACCAGGGUUCUCAGAGGGAUUCGGAUACUCCUGAGGGCAAAGGGGCAGCUUUUCACCAUGGAAUGACCCUCGGGAUUAACACUGAACUCCCAGAAAUCCCACAGAUUUUUGAGUGUCAGUUGUUCUCCUGGAACACGUGGAUGUUGAGAUUGAUUGAACCCAAACGUGGCUUUGUUUUAAAGACUUUCUCCACUGAAUUGAGGACCAAAGUUGUUCCUGGCAGAAGCUAAGAAUUCUUCAUUUUCUCUGAAGAGUCUGGUGUACUGAAAGAAGCUUUCAUUUUGGACUCAGGAGUCCUAGACUCUGGUCUGGACAUGUCUGGCCUUGUUUUGAUGUCUGAGAAGUUAACACUGAGCUUCUCUGAAACUUGGUUUGCAGGUCAUGAGAAGAAUGCUGCCAGCCCUGACUGUACCACAUUACUAACUCUAGGGAGAACAUGCACAUGACUGUGUUUUGAAAUGCAAAAUACACACAUAAAUAGAGGUGAGGUGCAAUGGUGUGGGGGUGAUGGGGGGGCCGGAUGGGUACCGCUAAUGCUGCUGGGUGGUGGUGGCAGUGAUGGCAGUCAUGGUGUUGAUGGGUUGAGUACUUGGUGUUUUCAGAAUUCACUAAGUCAUGCUUUUACCUUUUAAAUGAAGUGUUGGCUAGCACUCACACUUAAUGCUUGUAUUUCCACAUGUUCCCAUGGCUGCUUCCUCAGCCCGAGCUCUUAUGCUGGCCUCUUCCUUCUUGUGAACAGUGUCCCUCCUGCUUUCAUGUCACACAUCUGUCACCUUCCCUUGUGCCUCUCCCUUUCCACCUCUGCAUUUCCUCUCUGUCUUCUCUCAAACAUCACACCCACACACCUGCACACAUACAUAAUUCAAUCUGUAUCUAUACAGAUAUAUCUCAAUAUCUAGGUAUAUGUACAGACAUAUCCGUGGUGUAUUUGUCUCUACACACACACACACACACACACACACACACACGUGUGUAGGCUCUGGUUUUUAGACUAUUUGGUUCCACAAGCCUCUGCCUCCCUUCCAUACCUCCAACCUAGGUAGAGAGAAAGAAGCCUAGAAAGCAAAGGGGAUGUAGAGCUGUUUAGACUUAGUUCCAGCUGGUUAGGGUCAUCCAGUUCUUUGGGAAAAACCCCAAUCUCAAUGGUCAGGAUGUCUAGCAGUACAGCAAACAGCAAAGGCAUCGGGGUAGACAAGCAGGCUUUUUCCUCCUCCAUCUGUCUCCCUGAAGCCCUCUCUCUUGUCUCCCAUAUUUAUGCCCUCUCAGAGUCCUCAGAAUUCCACUAUCUGCAGCUGGCAAAGACCACACCCCUCUCCAAGUCCCAUAAGGCUGUUGUCAGUUGGCAAGGACUAUGCCCCGACGAGACAAUUAUCAGCUGUGGAUAAACUAAGGUAGUCCCAUAUCCCACACUUGGGAUUAAAAGAAAACCCUGUUUACAUAACAUAACUGAGUUUUUAAAGAAACCAAAACUUCCACUACACACAUGAUCUCAGAGGAGCAGUGGGGAGGCAGGUAAUCCUGGCCAGAGGUUAGGGGUGUGAUAUAAAGGGGGGUUCCAGAGGACUUCCCCUCCACAGCCUCGCAGGGACCCAGAACUUAAUAAAUGCCUACCUAACGGGGCCAGAGCAGGUCACGUGUGUAGAGACCACAGCCGCUCUGGGUUCUGUCCACAGCAGAUGGGUACCCGUCAGUCAGAAUCUCCAAGUCUGGCAGGGUGACACCAAUGUGAGACGCUGUGGGAGACACAGAAGCUCUCCACCCUCUACGAGCUCCAUCGGGAAAGUACGCACGAGGUGUUCCAUAGCAAACUACAACAGAAUUGAUCGAUACACCGCAGGGCAGGGCAGGAAAAGAGACACAUGCCAUCCAGCGUCUGCAUUCAUCCUGUAAGUAGCACUUCUGAGAACUUAGCACAGCGGGAGCGGCCAGUAGGUCGGUUGUUGAGCCUGCUGUCGCGUGUGCACACAAAGCCUGGGGCUCUUUGGACAAUGCUGACCCUGAGAUUGCCAUUUGUCCAGAGGAUGCUGGACUGUCUAUCACGCAGCUUUGCCCCUCCUGCACUGCAGAACCCAUCGUCACCUGCCUUCCACAUAGGUGGCCACCAAUAUCUGUCCGAGUCUCCCCAUCAAUAUGCAGGCAGCAGCCAAACGGGUACUUUGUCCCCACAGCCCCUAUGUAGAAUACAUGUCACAUGAAGUACACUAGAGAGCCUAGCUAGCAAGGCCACACAGACAGCAGAGGCCCCAGCUGGACCUCUCCCACUGGGGCCAGAUGACAUGUCCAUGAAGGCUGAUCAUCCCCCCGAGGGGCAGACAAAGUCUGGCCCUCAGGACCUCAGUCCCCCGAGGUUCAAGAAGUAACCCCAAGGUCUAGAGGGACUUGUAGGACACAGGCCUUCCUUGUUAGUCAUGAUUGCUUUGAGUAAAAUGCCUGGGAAGAAUGACUUAAAGGAGAAAAGGUUAACUUGGAAUCCCAGUCACAGAGGCUUCAGCCUCAGUUGCCUGGGUUUUCACAUGUGCACAGAACACCAUGAUGGCAGGAGCCUGUGAGGGGACUUCUUCCCCUGUGGCAGUCACGGGAGGAGGGGGAGGAGGGACUGGGGACCAGCCAAACCUUCGGGGGCACACUUCCAGGGACCCACUUGCUCCAAUUAGGCUCCACCUUCCAAAUUUUAUAUCAUGUCCAAAAUGUACAAUUAUCUUAUGUUCAAAACAUAAGUCUGUAGGGGACAUGUCACACAAAACAACAACACAGACACACGGGCCCAGCAGCGAGUCUCAAGGCAAUGUGCUGUUUAGUCUAGGCCCAGAGCAGGAGGUGGCAGGAAUGCUGCUAGGGGCAGACUGAACACAGGAGCCAUACUGUUGGAAAAGGUGAUCGUAAAAUCUGUGCUGGCAACCAUUUAAUUGUUAAGGUGCUAUACGGGGAGGAUUGGUUUAAAGGAUCUUACACAGUGCUAGUACACACAGUCUUGGCCACCCUCCCACAUCCUCCACAGAGGAGGUUCAAGGAAACUGAGGCCCAGAGAAGCUAAGAGACUGUAUACUGUCACACAGCCGACAAUGGUGUUAGGGCCAAGCCUGUCAGAUUCUGCAGCUCUGUGAUGUUUCUGCUGCGCCUGUCCUAGUUUGCGUUCGGUUGUUGUGAUAAGCACCACGACCGACACAGCUUCAGGGAGAAGAGGGUCUGCCUCACUCACACUUCCAGGCCACAGUCCAGAAAAAGCCAGGGUAGAAACUCAAGAGGGAAUCUAAGCGGAGAUCACAGGGAAUGCUGCUUCCUGCCUCAUGCUCAUAUAGCUUUCUGACACAGCCCAAGCCCCGCCUGUUUAGGGAUGGCGCUGCUCACAGUGGGCCCUUCCACAAUCCCUUCCAGUCACUGACACAAUCAAUCUCUUUCAAAGGACUCUAUUCUAGGCCUGUGCUUGAAAGCUAGGUCCAGCUCCCGAACUGUGUAACAUCUGGGAGAUGUCCUUCCUGUUCCCCACUCUCUGUGUAACAUCUGGGGAGAGGUCCUAAGGGGAAAGAUGCUCCUUGGUCCUUGCCAACAGUCCUCAGUUCUAGAAAGCCCACUUUUUAAACUAAUUGGCUUUCUGUUUGUUUUUUUUGUUUUGUUUUGUUUUUUAGGAUUUCUUUUUAAAAAGAAUAUCAUCUGUAGAAAAAGCAGCAACUGAGGAGUUGUCUCGGUUCAAAGAGAAAGGGGAGGGCCUUUGGUCUCUCCCUGUUUGCUUUGUAAAUGGGGUGGUGUUUGUUUCAAUAACAUGGGACAUAGGAAUUGAUUAAUAGAUGACAGAUAAAGGGGCCAGAGCCACCCCCAGUACUAACAUGCUCAAAAACAUUGUUUCCAGGCACCACAGCUAGGCCUUCAGGGUGAUCUUACAUGCCAGGUCCUCUUCUCAUUGGAAAUAUCACCCAGGAGCACAUUUGGGGAGAAUGGAAAGGUCCAGUAGACAGACAGGCGCGCGUGUGUGUGUGAGCACACACACGCUCUCUCUCACACACACACACACACACACACACAGGCUGGGGAAGGGGCAGGCCUGUCUACUGAGUUAUAAGUUGUAUUUGUCCUCAGGACUUGUUUCCUGCCCUGGUUUACACAGGAGAAAGCCAGACUCUCUAGGGACAGGAUAAUGCCACGAGGGAGCCAGAGGUGUCCACGGGCAGAGGUUUCCUCCUGCCUGGGGUCAGGAGAGGCUCCGGGUCAUGGGUGUCCCCUGAGGGUGCUGUGUGGGGGCUGUGGGGCCUGGAUGAGCUGGAGCUCGCUUGGAGAGUCUCAUCCCAGCAAACUCCAGUGCUUGGGCAGCAGGCCACAGAGGCUUGGACCUGAGCAGCCCACGGGUGACCUCACUGCCCCAGCCCCAACAAUACGCAGCCCAGUGUGAUUCUAUUUAAAUCAUGCUAGCAACAGUGCGCAUCUGUUUACGAUGACAGAGGCCUGGGCACCCCGAGGUGGUUUGGACUCCCUUGUGAUUUGUAUGACUAGUUUCUAACUACCCUGAGCUCUUAGUGAGUUUCAGCCAGAGCUCUGGGUUCCCAGCGGUUCCCCCCUUGGCUGGCUUCCCUCAAACCCACUGCCCCAUUCUUGCUCUAAGGUAUCAUCAAAGGCAUUUUAUAUCAAAUUCCUGGUCUCGAUUCUAUGUCAGAUGCACUCACAGUGAAAUGUUAACAUGCCCGCUGAGUUGGCAAAGAUUAAAAUCUGUUAAUAUCAAGUGGUAGCAAAGACCACGGGCCUUUCUGAGGGUGGCAUCUCCGCUGUAUGUGGUUUGGCCCUUUCUGUCCUCUGCCAUCCAUAUAGAUGUGGAAGACUGACAGCACAGGUAGGAAAGUGUGGUGGAGGGGGCUGCUCAAACAAGCAGGGAAGGAGGGAAGAAGGGAAAAAAGGAGGGAAGAUGCAUAGAGACAGAGGGACAGCACCAGAGAGCACGCACACUGUCCCCAGUCACCUAGCUGAUAGCCCACCUCCUGAAAGCUCCUCCCUUCCCAGUGGCCCUACAGGGUGGCACCAAGCUUUGACAGGGCCUUUGUGAAACACUUUGCAUCUGCUUCUAGCUCUGGGAGACUGAGCCACCAGGGAGUUCUCUCAUGCUGUGUCCAUGGACAGACCACGUGGAUGUGUGCAGACAGCACAUGUGCAGGGAGGCUUAGUGACUUCACUGUGAGCACGUGCUGGCCCUUGAGCUGUGACUUCACUAUAAACACGCAUUCACACAGGCAGCCACCAGUCAGUCUGCCCCCAACCACUCUUGCUGCCUUGCACUCACCACCGUUCUGAGCCUCGCUUUAGCCCACCCAUCCCCAGACAGUCUGCAGUGCCAUAGAACUAUCAGCCAGACAGUCCCCAGAGUCCAAGAAAGAAGCAGAGCACAGUUCUUUAGCGAUGCCUUUAAAAACAAUUUAAUGUUAGAUUCUAUUCAGGGAAGAGACUGUUGCUGUGUGGGGCUACUAGGAUACAGAGUUCUGCAACAGAGAGGAGUCUCAACCCCAGCACACUUUGAAGUGGGCCUUUAAACAUGGGAGCAGUAUGGGGUCAGAGGCUGGAGACAGUCCAAGCGAGCCAGAUGUCACCCUGGAAAGGUGGAAGACGGUAUCUAAGGAAGAGGGUGGUUCCCCUUAACGUCAGGCCUCAUAGGGAGUGUACUGAUGGACCUCACAAAAGUGCAGGGAAUGAAAUGUGCUCAAGCCACAGGUCUUUGGACAUGCCAGCCUCUUCUUCAACUCCUGGAGCUUUGUCUCUGCUGAAAUAUAAACCCCUCCUCAUGGGUAUGCCUUCCUGGGUUCUCAUGCUGGGACCUGCUCUGUUCCUCCUCAGGAAGCGAUGGUCCCAGCAGCCACCCUCCAGCUGCCUACUUCUGGAGCUUCCCCACCUCUGAGGCCUGUCCCUUCUGACAGGACUCUGUGGCCUCUCCCUACAAGAUGCUGCCACCCUUGAAGGUGGACCCUGUGGUCCUUCCAUGAUUUACUAACUGGUUGGAACCUGGACACAUUCAAGAUUUGCUGAUGAAAUAGGAAGGGAACAAAGGAAGGAAUGAAGGAAAGAAAUGAGGAACGAUUUCUCCCAUUUUUGUCAUGGGAAUGGCUAUUUCAUUUCAGCACUGAUUCAUUUCUCUCAUGUGUUUACUUUCUAUUAAUGUACACAAAUUAUAAAAGAUAGCAGGCACUUUCAUACCUGCCUAUAAAGUACUCUGUUGUGGUGGUUUGAAUAGGUUUGGCCCCACAGGCUCAUGUGUUUGAAUGCUUGGCCAUAGGGAGGGAGUGGCAUAAUUAGGAGGUGUGGCCUUGUUAGAGAAAGUGUGUCACUGUGGGGUCCGGCUUUGAAGUCUUAUAUGCUCAAGCUAUGCCCAGUGUGCCACAGUUUCCUUCUGCUGCCUGUGGAUAAAGAUGUGGAGCUUUCAGCCCCUUGGGUCUUAGUUAAGGUCUUAAGUCUUAGGGAUUGACUUUUAUUCAGGGCGAGAAUGAAGGCCACCUUAUUCUCUGCACGUGGGUAUCCAUGGCACUAUUUGCUGGAGGGGCUGCCUUUUUGCCGAUGUGUUUUGGGCAGCACUAUUGAAAGUCAGAUGGUUGUGGAAGUGUGGGUUUACUUCCGGUUCCUCUUCUGCCCCCUCUGUCUUCCUGUCUACUAGUGCCAGCCAGGCUGUUUUGGUCUGUGAGAUUUUGUUACCAAUCCAAAAAAAAUAACAAACAAACAAACUUGGUUUAUCAAUUUAUGUUGUUCAUAAUAUUGAUAUAUCAUUUUGUACUAGUUAUUUUUUUGUUGUUUAAAUUGCAACUUAAAUAUAAAUGUCCACAUUUAACAAAACUAAAUGAAUCUCCAGAGCAGAAUGCGUUCACUGAGCUUUCCCUCCACUCUCAUGGUCCCUAAGUAACCGUGUUUCAGUGUUUGCUUUAUUUUAUGUCAAAUAAAGUCUAUGUGAUAUCUAAAUAUAAAAUGUACACAUCUGUACAGACAUAAAACACACGCACACU